UUUCCAAGCACUCCAUCAUUCGGUCUAACAUUUGUCUCCUUGUUGCUUCCAGCAAAAAUGCCGGACGUUGUGUUUUACUAUGACAUUGUGUGCCCGUACGCGUACAUGGCCUCGCAGCUCAUCGAGGCGGCCGCGGAGCGCUGUCGGAACGGCUCGCGGGUUGUCUUCCGCCCGGUGCUCCUCGGAGCGCUUUACAAGGCCACCAGCGCGCCUCAGGGCAAGGAUGGCUCUGCGUCCGACGUCAUGCCGGCCAGCAAGAAGGCCAUUGCUGCGGCCGAUCUCGCGCUGCUGGCCGUGCGAUACAACAUCCCGCUUCGCUUCAAUCCGAUGCAUCCCGUGCGAUCCCUCAACGCAAUGCGUCUGCUCGCGGGCACCAAGAACGACGCCCAUCGUCGUGCAUUGACACAUGCAUUAUAUCGGGCGUACUGGGUCGAUGAGCAGGAUAUUUCGUCCGAGGCGACGUUGCAGCGGAUUGCACAAGCCAGCCUUGGCGCAGAGACGCCCAAUGUGCAAGAAAGAAUCGGAGCGCCCGAAUCAAAAGCGGCGCUCGAGCGAAACACGGACGAAGCGCUCUCUCGAGGUGCAUUCGGUGUUCCUAGCUUCUGGGUCAACGAUCGCUUGUUCUGGGGCGCAGACCGCUUGACAUUUGUUGAACGCGCCCUCGGCAAUGCCAACGCCCAUCCGUUGCGUUUGCGACUGCCAUCGCCAAGCUCGCCCAAGCGUGUAACCCUGACGGUGUUCCACGACUUUUCCAGCCCGUGGUCGUAUUUGGGCUCGCGUGUCCUUGAUCGAACGCUUGCUCAGCCGACAGUUACCGGGUUGGGAGUGCAGAUUGUGGUGGACUGGGUUCCGAUUCUGCUGGGUGCCCUGUUCAAGGAAAUUGGGACGCCGAACGUCCCAGCUCUGGCCAUGUCUGAAGCCAAGCGCAACUAUUACUCUGCAGAUCUGCAAGACUGGCUGCAGUACCGGAAUGCUUCGCUGGGUGGGGAGGAAGUGGCCUUUGCAUUCCCUUCAGCCUUUCCCCUCCGGACGGUCGUGCCAUGUCGUGUCGCAAUUGCCGCAGGCAAAGCCAAUGCAGCUGCUGUGACCCGUGCCAUCUACCUGGCGGCCUGGACGCAGGACAAGGAUGUUGGCUCUGCGGAUGUUCUCAAGCAAGUGUUGGACGAGGCUGGGUUUGACGGCGCAGCGCUCAUUCUGGCUGCAAACGACGAAUCUGUCAAGCAGCAACUCAAGGACAACACGUCCAGGGCUGUGGCAGCCGGUGCUUGUGGAGUGCCCAGUUACCAAGUCGACACUGGCACUGGUCCGCAGCAGUUGCUCUGGGGACAGGAUCAUCUGAACAUUGUUGCCGACCAAAUUUGCGGCUGGUCGGUCGAUCAGCCCCACGCACCUGUGAGCAAGCUCUGAGCUUUGGGAGUUUGCUUUUUUGAAAAGCCUGGGCAUCGCUGAUUAGCUGGAAAGCUUGAUUUUUUGUGAAUAAGACAGACAAUACAAACAAAACCAAAAAAAAAAAAAAUGAAACAAAG